AAUACAUUUUCUUCAAUUUAUCCUUUCAAAAUUGGGUGCGCAUUAUAUUCUGGCAAAUACGGUCUGUAUGUUUAUCACAUUCAGGUUAAUUCAGACUGAAUUAAGUAAGUUUUAUCCUUAUUUGGUUCAGUGCAGAUGGAUUAGGUAUGCUUACUUUUCACUCAGGUUGAUGCAGAUAGAUCAGAUACGUUUCUUUCAUGAUGUACUGAAUUAUAUUUCAUUUUGUUUUGAAUGUUUUCUUUCAGAUGAAGAUCUCAUAACUCCUAUAUUCAUUCCACCCACCUCCAAACUACCUUCACCUACCACCACCCCCCAGUUGAAGGAGUGGCCUGUAGAAAUGAAGCACAAUGGUGAGACAUUGUGUGAUGAUGAAGAGGAUUGUAGGGAGGGCUCGGGAAUAGAAGAUGGGGCAUUUACUAGCCCGCCCACUAGUUACCACCUACCAGGUAAAAUGGAGUCUAUGUCGGAAGAAUCGGUAGAACGAGCUUCACCGUUUACUGUUCAACCUCUCCCCUUCUCAUCCACUUAUGGUCAUCUGGAAACAAGAGGUGAAAUCCAUAGCUACGACCUUACACGUACCACACCUUCAGUUUACCAAGUGCCUAUUCCAGAAGUCACCAGACAAGACCAGGAUUUACAAAACCCUAAAGAAAAACCGAAAAGCUCUGCGGACAACACUGCAUUAGUUAUUGGAAUCAUUGCUGGUGUUUUAAUAUCUAUAGUUUUUGUAGCACUGAUUGUUUACAAGUUGAGAAAUCGAACUGAUGGCACUUACAAGAUUGAUGAAAGUAAGAACUACUGGUUUGCUCCGGUUUCUAACAGCCCUGCCCUUCUUGGUGGACAGCAAGGACAUACCAACAGCAUUCUGAAAACUGCCGAAAAAGAUCGUAAGCUUCCGAAGAAGGAAAACAUAAAAGAGCUGAAGGAGUGGUAUGUUUAGACUUCCUUGGAGUAUAUAAGUAAUUGAUGCUUCUGUACACUUGCUCGUUCAGUAUCUACUAAUGUUUAAUUAGGUAAAUAUGUGCCAAGUAGAAGAUUUUCUAGAAAUCACACCAGAUUAAAGAAACUUCAAUUUAGGAUCAGUCGAUGAGAAUUUGUACAUAAUCUAUCCAGAGAUAUAAAAUAUAGUGCCAAGUUAAAUGCUUCUCUUCGGGGCAUCACAUAAGUAUAAAGAGGGUACCACCUCGCCUUGUCGUGUCUAUAUGUCACGACAUAGCGCAUUUCUGUGAGUUUUUAAUGUGUAGUGUGUGCUGUACCAGUAUAUAGUUGGCGUAGAAAUUGACUAACACUGCUUUGCGUGAUACAUAGUAGAUGGCAACCAUCAUGGUUAACCAACACUGUUCUGUGUCCUAUGUUGUACAUAAAAGCCAUCAAAGUUGACCAAUACUAUUCUGUGUAUUACACAUUACGUAACAGCCAUCAUGUUUAACCAAUACUAUUCUGUGUACUAUACAGUAGAUAACAGUCAUUGUGGUUAACCGAUAUUUUUCUGUGUAUUAUACAGUAUAUAACAGCCAUCAUGGUUAACCAACACUAUUCAGUGUAUUAUACAGUACAUAACAGCCCUUAUGAUUAUCCAAUGCUAUUCAGUGUAUUAUACAGUACAUAACAGCCCUUAUGAUUAUCCAAUGCUAUUCAGUGUACUAUAUAGUACAUAACAGCCUUCGUAGUUGACCAAUACUAUUCCGUGUACUAUACAGUACAUAACAGACAUCAUGGUUAACCAAUAUUUUCUGUGUAUUAUGCAGUUGACCAACACUGUGCUGUAUGCUACACAGAUGUAAAGCUGUCUUCAAACUUGACCGAUAUUGUUCAGUGUGUGCACCAGCAAAUGGCUUUCAUCAAAAUUGACCAAUACUGUCAUGUGCGCUACACUAACAUAUAGUUGUUUUUAUGACUGGUCAACACUGAUGCGUGUGCUGCAUCAGGAUAUAAUUUUUAUCAGAAUUGACCAACACUUUUGUACUUUUUGUUUUGUACCAACACUUUUCAUCAUUAUAAACCGGAACACUUUUCUCAUGGGUGAUAAUAAACAUAAAUCAUUCAGACUGGCUAAAACAGAUAUGGUCUUAUGUUUAUCAAGACCAGCUAUUGAGAGUUUACGGUGUAUGUAAUAUAAGUGCAAUUCCUGGCAGAAUAAGCCAAGCCUGUAUUUCCGUUUCGGUGUGCUUAGAACGUCACCCUGUUUGAUACCACUGCUGUUUCAUCAGUCUGUAGUGCAGGAAUUAUUAUUGUGGUCCAGAUAAUUUUGCACUCCUUCUCGGAGUGGACUACCCGUGUUCUAGUAACGUUUAUGACCCAGUCUUCAAAGUAUUAUUUACUUACUUGGGGAAGUAAAUUCUACAAGGCUGUAGAUGAAAAUCUAUAAUAAAAUGUACCUGCGAGGUGAAUAAGUUCGACAAGGUUGUAAUAUAUGUAAUGAAAUAUGCUAUUCUGUUUCUUUUCUAGCCCAAAGAACGUCAUAUUAACGUAACAGUUUCAGCUUGAAUUUAUUACAGAAGGGACAAUGUUUUGUUAAAUGUGCUUGUUAGUAUAGCUGUGAUUAUAGGAGCGGAAAACUGUACUGAAGAUGUUCAAUAUUGUUAUUGUUUCAAUGUUACAAAGCACCUGUAAAAGAGGCUAGACCUUACAGUGUUUCUUUGUUGUGAUAUUUUCAGUCCACAGUCUCUCUGUGAAGACUGUAAAUGAAAAAAACAACAACUUUACUUUCAGUGUAAGGUAAUUUGUUGAUUAUCAACUGAUUAUUUAAGCUUUACAUUAAUUAAUUCGGAUAUCGUUUGUUUAAAUAUAAGCUGUAUCACUUUCAACACUUUAAUCACGUAAUUACUACAAAUCUUAUUUUUGAUACAGCUGUUGGUGGGAUAGAUUUAUUUGGUUACAAAGAUUUGCCUUCAACAGUGAGACAUGGCCACGUACGAUAUUCUAAUGAUAAAUACAUUCAAAUUCCAUAGAAGUCAAAUCAAAUUAUUUUAUGUAAGAUAUUUCCAGCUCUAUGUCGUUUUUAUGUAAAUAAUUUAAUACAAAUACAUUCUUUUGUUUGUUGAUAAGCGCAAAGCUACCUAUGCUGUGCACACCGUGAAUAUCGAAACCAGAAUUUUAGCGUGAUAAGCCGUCAGACUUACCGCCCAGCCACCGAAUGAAAAAUAAAUUAAUAUAUGGUUGAGAAAUAAAGCAAAACUAAAUUUCAAGAAGGUAAAACUAUUGCGUAUGGGCAAAACUCCAGACGAAGAAAAAUUUGGAAGUACUAAGAAUCAAUUAGAUAAGAUUACUUAAUUGGAUGAGGAUAUAUAUAUAUAUAUUUAUACUUUGAAUAUUGCACGUGAUCAUGUCUCACUCUGAAAGACCACACGUUGUAAAUAAAUUAUACAAUCCCACCAAAACCGUUUCAAAAAGCUUUACCGUGUUCGAGGGUACGUACCUCUUUAAAAUAUAGUAUAAAUAUUAUUGUUUCGAGAGACUUAUUAUUAAUCUAUCAGCAAGUGAAACUCUCCUGUUUUUGUGGAAUAGAUUAAUAAAAUGAAUGUUAAU